GGAGAUUCUCUCUCUCUAUAGUAGCUUCUUAUGCAACUGCAAUUAUAACAGAUUGGCUUGGAAAUCGUGUCACAUGCGUUCGCGUAGUAGCGGACGCGUAGUCUUUUUGAACCUCACCUCUGACAACUUCUUUAAAAAAAUCUCGCGAUAAGACUGGCACAUUUCCCAAGACAUACACGACGAGAGUUCAACGGCCGAACCACCCAAAUCCAAUUCCAUUUCGGAAAGAAAAUUUGCCAUACGACUAGUCGUUCGUCAUUUAUUCUAUCCCUCCACGCGCCGAGCUUGUUGAGCAUUCAACAUCAUGACAAUGAGUACCUCCCAAAACCUCUGCACAAUCUGCGAGAAGCCCUCUGAAGACAAGAAAUGUAAUGCCUGCAAGUCAACCUAUUACUGCGGCGCAGACUGCCAGAAGCAAGACUGGCCUGUCCACAAGACCCGCUGCAAAUUCCUGCAAAACCACCCACCUAGCAGCGAGCCCCAGAAAAUAUCCUGCGUUAAGAUUCACUCUCCCCGCACGCGCUACGAAGCUGUCGAGAUACCUUCCGAUCAUCCUGUGUUCAAGACCAAGGCUCUACCAGUCACGGCGAAGUUCGGAUACCCGCUUGUUAUGUUCAGAGAGGUGGAAGGUCUGUCACGGGGCUCGGGGACAGAUAAUCAACAUGCCACCUGGUUAAACAUCAAUCCUACGACUGGCUUCGCGCCAGAUAAUUGGCAGGGAGGAAUCGGUACGGUCGUAGUGGCCGCAGCAGAUGGCAAGCCACUGAGUGUGCCAGUCCUUUCCGCCAUUACCGACUAUGUGAGUGAGAUCCUCGAUGCAUUUGGUGAUGGAGGAGUGCCAACCGCGAGAUACUCGAAACCGAGAUUGGACAAAUUCAUUGCUCGACACAUCAACAUGCAGGAAGAAUACCAGAAAGCAGUGAAGGGUUGAGUUUUCGACUCGAAGAGGAGUACAACCCAGGUACACGUGGCCAAAUCUUGGAUAUGUCACUGGACCAUUUUUACUUCUCGAAUACCACAGAUUAAUUCAUCUUGAUA